CAAAGAUACAUCUAAUCAUUGAUUGUACGAGAACAUAGACGGACACAAUACUCAACAUAACAACGAGACGUCGGAAAGAUAGUCCCCACGUUGUUUUUUUUUGUAUCAUGUUUACGUUUCAUAGCGUAGUGAUAAUGUGCGAGCGUGUUUAGUGCGUUUUUGUUUGUUGUUUUGAUAAACAGUGAUUUAAAAAAUAUUAAUAAUUUAAAGAGAAAAUAAACAAUGUCAAAAAUGGAAGUAACCAUACCAAAAACAUUAACAAAUACAUCAAUAGUGAAAAGUAAAAUAUCGUUUAGUGUUGAUUCAUUAUUAGGUAAUCGUUUAGAACAAACAACAAAAUCGAGUCAAUCGAUACGUGAUAAAUAUUUAAUCAAUAAUAAUAAUAAUCAAAUUUACUGUGAUACUAGAAAUAAUAGUUUAUAUACACGAUGUGAACUACCAUCAUCACCGGAUAGUAAAAAACAUUUAGACAAUGAUCAUGAUCAUCACGAAUUAAAUGUAGAAAAUAGUGAUUCCGAAUAUAUAGAAAGUGAUAUUGAUGAGGAAUUAAUCGAGGAUGAUGAUGAAUCGAGAGAAAUUGACGUUGAAAGUGAUCGACAAAGUGUUAUGUUACGUAGAAGUUCACCAUUACCUUUAUCAAAAGAAUCACCAUCACCGACAUCGUCGUUGGGUUCAUCAACGGCUGCAGCCACGGCGACGACUUCUAGUCCGCAAGGCAAGGGAGUUAUAAUUCCACAACCUUUACAUGCACCUGUCCCGCGAAUGUUUGGGGCGCCGCAUCAAGCCAGUUGGCCAUUCCCUGGUAUGCCAUGGAUGCCACAUUUUCGACCACCGUCGCCACAAUCUUCUAUGAAUGGUUUAAAUGGUGGACCCGGUGGACCUCCAGUUGUACGAUGUGCACUCCGAAAGCAUAAACCAAACAGAAAACCACGAACUCCAUUCACGACACAACAAUUGUUAGCAUUGGAGAAGAAAUUCCGUGAAAAACAGUACCUGAGCAUUGCCGAACGAGCUGAAUUCAGUAGUUCGCUACGAUUAACUGAAACACAGGUUAAAAUUUGGUUCCAAAAUCGUCGAGCCAAAGCGAAACGAUUACAAGAAGCUGAAAUCGAGAAAUUACGAUUAUCAGCUCGACCAUUACUUCCACCCACAUUUGGAUUAUUCCCUGGUGCGGGGCCUGGAGGAGUAGUACCACCAUUUUUAGCUGCCAUGGCAGCGGCUGCACAUAGACCUCAACAUCAUGUAGUAUUUACGGGAGCACAAGGUCAUAUGGUUAAUAUUAUGAAUUUACCGCACUGAAAUCUUGUGUGUUAAGAAGAAUUUUGUAAAUAAAUUUUGUAAAAAUUUUUAUUGUGA